AUCACCAUUGAAACAGCAGCCAGCAGCCAGCAGCUCAACACCAGUAGACAAAGUGACACAAAAAUAUCUCAGCUGCAGGUACUACUUUCUUCUUCCUCCCUUCGUCUUCCAAACACAGAAAUGGACCAUAUCCAGCACAGGUUUGUCAACGUCCAAGGACUCAACCUCCAUGUAGCAGAAACCGGAACCGGUUCUCAGGUAGUCAUCUUCUUGCAUGGAUUCCCCGAGAUAUGGUACACCUGGCGUCACCAGAUGGUUGGUUUAGCGAAUGCCGGAUUCCGGGUCAUGGCACCCGAUUACAGAGGCUACGGGUUGUCCGACCCGCCACCAGAACAUGAGAAGACCACGUACGCCGAUCUUAUUAAAGAUCUUCUGGCUCUCAUCGAUCACUUUGCGCUUGAUAAGGUUUUUCUUGUUGGGAAGGAUUUUGGAGCAUGGCCGGCUUACUACUUUGCUCUUCACCAUCCUGAGAGGGUGUCAGGAGUUGUGACAAUCGGGGUGCCAUUUUUGCCCCCUGUUUCCCUGGAUCUCUACCCUCAAGUGCUUCCUGAAGGAUUCUACUUAUUACGGUGGCGGGAACCUGGAAGAGCAGAAGCUGAUUUUGGGCGAUUUGAUGCUAAAACUGUUGUCAGGAAGGUAUAUAUUCUCUUCUCCAGGAGUGAAUUACCAAUAGCCGAUGAGAACCAGGAGAUCAUGGACUUGGUUGAUGCAUCUACUCCUCUGCCCUCAUGGUUUUCAGAAGAAGAUCUUGCAGUUUAUGGGGAAUUGUAUGAGAAGUCAGGAUUCCAAACUGCACUAAAAGUUCCAUAUAGGUCAUUGAAAGAAGAAUUUGAGCUAAAAGAUUUUACAGUUAGAGUUCCAACCCUUUUAAUCAUGGGAGGCAAAGACUAUGUCCUUAACUUUCCUGGGAUGGAGGAGCACAUAAGGACUGAGAAAGUGAAGGAGUUUGUGCCUGAUUUGGAGAUCAUAUUCUUGCCGGAAGGAACUCAUUUUGUUCACGAGCAGUCACCGGAGGAGAUUAAUCAGCUUAUUCUCACAUUUCUUCGCAAACAUAUUUGAUCCUGAUCGUGUCUUCCAACUCUUUGCUUCAUAAUUUACUUGACUAUAUACGUAUGUGUAUGUGUAGAAAAAUUUAGCCAUAAUAAGUCUAGCGUCUAAUGUUGGUGAUCUCUUACUUUGUGUUUACGUGUUUGAUGAGAAAAAUAAAGGAUAGUGUUCAUUGCCCUCUUAAA